AGCUCUUCCAGUGGUGCAUCACUUGAUUCAUCAACACCAGCAUCAUGAUGCUCCUACUGAGGCUCACGCUACUCACCUUACUUAUUGCAGCCAACAAUUGGCUUGUUUCUGGAGAGAAUAUGAUCACCUGCUAUGGUAAUAUCCAGCACCUCGCUUGUGACACUGGACUGAUAAAGGUGAAGUCUACUAUAUAUGGGCGUACAAACCGUGACACCUGUAGUAAUCGGCCCCCUUCUGAGAUUGCUAAUACCAACUGUGUCUUGAGUAUUUCUACUAUUGCUGACAGGUGCAAUGGACUAAGAGAGUGUGAGGUAAAGACUGAUUUACUUGGCAACCCUGACCCAUGUUUUGGAACCUACAAGUACUACAACACCACUUAUGACUGCAUCACUGGCCAGAACAUUGUGAUCUGUGAGCAAGGCUACAGCACGCUGAACUGUGGAGAUGGUUCUAUUCAGAUCAUAAAUGCAAACUAUGGCCGGGCUGAUUCAGUAACCUGCGUAAAUGGACUUUCCAACAGUUUGGUCCAGAACACCAACUGUUAUGCUCCAAACACACUCUCCAAAGUGGCCUCAAUGUGUAAUGGAAAGAAGACAUGCACUGUACAAUCUUCAUACACCAUCUUUACCGAUCCUUGCAUUGGGACUGCUAAAUACCUCACUGUGUCCUACAAGUGCCAUAGGACACUUGUGACCUGUGAAGGCAAUACUGCUAUACUGACAUGUGGUGCUCGCCGUAUAAAUAUUAUCAGCGCUAACUACGGCCGAACCGAUUCCACCACAUGUUCUUCUGGACGACCUGCCAGUCAACUCAUUGUCACAAACUGCUACACACCUGAUGCACUAAAUAAAGUUGCAGCUAGAUGUGAGGGACAGAGCAGCUGCAACGUGCCUGCUACAAAUGAUGUCUUCUCUGACCCAUGUGUUGGCACUUAUAAAUACCUGACAGUUGUGUACUCCUGUUUCUAACUAAUAACAGGAGGGAACCCAGCUUCAUCUCCAUUGGCCUCUCUUCAGUCUGAAGCAGUCUGAGACUGGAUUCUUAAAUCUUAAACCAUCAGUUCAUACAAUGUUGGAUUUUUGUUUUUGGUGUACUUAAUAUUUGCAUGUUAUAUAAUCAACUGAAGAUAAACACGUGCUAUUUACUAAUGAUUACAAUAAAGUCAAUGCAAGCAUAAGAGUGAUGAGGUUUGCAUGACUUCGUACCUUAAACGUCUCCAUAGAUUACGCACAAGACAGUUGUUUUUGACACAGAUGCCAUUUGCUAAUAAUGGCGUUUGUGCAAAUCAUCUCUUUUGCAAACUAACUCUUUAACCACCAGGACAACAGACAACUUAAAAGCACUAUGCUUUUCUGUAAAUGUAACUAAAUUGACCAAUAAACAAAUAUUUCAUAA